ACCUAUCUUAAUCCACAAGGCACUCAAAAUUGAAGCAUACACACACAUGCAAAGUAUAUUAUUGACCUUGCUUGCCCAAUAAAUCAUAGCAAAAAGGGUUCUUCUCUUUAUUCAUCCAAAUAAGUACCAACAUUUUGCCAUUGGAUAAGAAAGCAUUCCUCAUUAAAAAGGGAAGCAAGAACAACAACAUUCUCCACCAAGAAUGGACACCGUACUGAAUAAAAUAAGAGAGAUAUUUACUGGUACAGAGGAGGAGAACAAAGCUGAUUUGAGUAGCACCAGGGAUCACAAAAUACCAAAGACUCAAUCCUUUAAAGAGAAGAAAAAGGGACCAAGUUGGUUGCAGAGACAAUUUUCAAGGAAAAUGAGUCAUGAUUAUGAGUCAAUUGAGCAUGUGACAGCAGUAGCAGCUGCUGCAUUUGCAAUCAACUCACAAGAGUUCUCAGAAAUCCCUCAGGAAAGGAGAAGGACUACGCCCCGCGAGAUCUCGCUGACAAGGAGUAAAAGCAAGGUGGAUGGUGCAAAAUCUCCAAUUUCGCUUCCUCAUCCUGCAUCCAAAACAUUGUCAGGUUCGUUUAGAUCCAAGAGUGAUCAAGGUGACAAGAUAAGCGAGCCACAUCAAAAGGUUUUCACCCCUCCGCCGCCACCACCACCGGCGAAAAAGAGUAGCAACCUUGGUGAUCAGAUCCAAGAAGAACCAAGAAGGCCUCCAACAUUGAAGACUUCUGAGCCUGAGCCUGAGCCUUUAAGGCCGCCACCACCUCCUCCUCCUCCUCCUCCUCCGCCACCACUUCCUUCUCUUUCUAAGAAGCAAAGCAUUAGAGAUACAAAAGCAGAUGAAUGGAAGAUAAAGCAGCUCCAAAAGAUCAGAGAUAGGUAUGAGAAGUUAACGGAGACAAUAAAUUCCUGGGAAAAUCGAAAGAAACAAAAAGCAAAACACAAGCUGGAUAAGCAUAAGCAAAGCAAAGAUAAGCAAAAAGAGGAGAAAGCGUUGAAGAAAUACGAAGAGAGGGUGAAGUACAUAAAAGAAAUCGCAUGGGAAGCAAGAAAAGAGGCAGAAGAAAGAAGAGCCAAAGAAGUACGCAAAGUAGAGGAGAAGGCCAUUACAAUUAAGACCACAGGGGAGCUUCCAAAAACAUGCUUGUGCUUCUAAUUAACAACACCAAUCAUAUGUCAUGUCAUGUCAAUACAAACACAUAUUAUACAUCUUUCACUUCUCUAUAUAUUCAUCAUUUGUUCUGAAUUUGUACAUAUAUUAUAUGCAUACAUACAAAGGCUUCUUUUGGUGUGAAUCAGUUUUAGCUGCUCAAAUCACAAACUAAACCGUUUAUCAGAAACAAAGGACAAGAUUUAACAAUAUCAUCAAAGAAAAACACACUUAAUUACAUACAUAAACUUAGCCAUGGUGGAAUUUUGCUACAAAUGUUAACAAAGUAAGCUCUCCUUUUUCCCCUAAGAAUUCUACAACAUAAAAAAGUGACAGCCCUUAUUACACCAUAAACAUAUUUUGUGUACUCAAUUUUGUACACCGAAUCAACACACACUUCUGCAACACAUAACAGAAAUGUAUAUUGAUUCGGUGUACGAGAUAAAAUAAGUACAAAUAACAUAUCUUUGGUUAUUAUUAUUACAACAUGGCGGCGGCUUAGUAGUGGAAAGUCCUAUUUCAAGAAGCCGCCAGCCAGCUUUGCAAAGUCACCAAGGCCGCCGCCGCCACCACCGGACUUUGGUGCUUCUCCUUCAGCUUCUUUAGGAGGCUCCGAUGACGGAGCUGCUGCCUCCUUGGACUGGUAGUUGUGAAGAUAAUCAGCAGCUUUGUCAACAUACUGCCCUAUGCCCUU